CUGCUUUUUGUCCCAUUGAAAAAUCUUUUUUAAUAACAACGAAAUAUAUCACAUAUAUUAAAAGUAAAAAAAUAUUUUAUUUAUACAAUAAAUUUAUAUAAAUAAAAUAUUAAUGUGGCAUUUUUUUUUGGCAUAACUAAUAAUAAAUCUUAGUAUUUUUUUAGUAUAAUUUGCAAGUCUUAGUUCAUUACAAAGUGUAUUUGCCCAGAAAACAUGGGCGAAUACACUUUGUACUCAUUAGGCAAAUGAAUUAAUCACUCGGACCACACAAAUCACUGAUUUUGUUACUAUUUAUUUCUUUAUUCGACUCAACUAAAAAUCUGACUCGAUUUAGUAUCAGUUUACUGGAUCAACCCGGCUGAUGGGCUGAGUUAACAACAUUGCUCUCGAGUAUUGUUUGUCCCAAAAUUUUUUGUUUUGAAAAAGAGUAUCGGUAACGAGUUUAUUGCAAAAAUUUGAUAAGCCCGCCAAUGACCCAAGUAAAGACGCGUGAAAAUAAGUAGCUUUGGCGGGUCGAAAGGAAUUCCCCGCAUUUCAAAUUCAAAACUCUCUCUCCUCGGUUACUUACUCCCCUUCCUCCUCCCCCUUCUCUCUGGGGCAAACAGAAGAACUCCAAGCUAAGGACUGUUAAAUUUCUGCUAAAAUGGGAGAUCCAAUUCACCUUGAGAAAAUGGGCAGAGAGCUUAAGUGCCCCAUCUGCUUGAGUCUACUGAAUUCCGCUGUUUCGCUUACAUGCAAUCAUGUAUUCUGCAAUUCGUGUAUUGUGAAGUCGAUGAAGUCGGGUUCCACUUGCCCAGUUUGUAAAGUGCCUUAUCGGCGUAGAGAGGUUCGAGCUGCUCCUCACAUGGAUAGCCUAGUGAGCAUUUACAAAAGUAUGGAAGCUGCUUCAGGAUUCCAGAUAUUUGUCACUCAGAAUCCACCAUCAGCUAAAUCAUCUGACACAAAAGAGCAAGUAGAGGCUGAUGCGAAUUGCGGAAGAGAAGAUAUCCAUAUAAUUUGUCAGGACAGAGUGCAAAAGAAAAAAUCUUCCACAAGAAAGAGGUCAAGAAAUACUACUAAAUCCAGCCAGGAAGUUUCUGAUCCUAUUUCUGCGAAGCCUUCCUUCCCUGCUAAAAAAAGAGUUCAGGUGCCACAAUGUCUUCCUUCAGAAACCCCAACACGAACUGAGAAGCUAGAGAUUGGAUCAGGUGAAAACAUUAAGGAUGGAUUUAAGAACAGGUCAUUGAUCCCAAGAGAGAAUCCUGCUCCCUUUGAAAAAGGUGAACCUGUGUUUUCCCCUUUUUUCUGGUUGAGAGAUGAUGAAGGUUUAGAGAAGUUAAGUCAGCAUACUAUUGGUAGUCAAUUUUUGGAUAUAACACCUCCAAACAUUCCUACUUUUAGUGAUAUCAAGGAUUCAGAUGAUGACAGCCCCUCUAAAUUAUCCCAAGCAGAGGAAGUGUGUGGCAAACCAAAUGACGCAGAUCUUUUUAAUAGUGAAAUGUUUGAGUGGACACAGAAAGCUUGCUCCCCUGAACUUUUUUCAAGUCCUGCUAUGAUGCAGGAUGAGGAUGCUGGUGAAAUUGAUGGAAAUCAAGAAAGCAAACAAGAAGUACUCUUACUGAGUUCAAAUACAAAUGAACACAGUGUUGGAAAUGAAAAAUGUUCUGAUACUGAAGAUGUAAUGGACAUUGCAGAUGAGGAAUCUCCUACUCUGUCCCCUCUGAGACCCGGAAGUUCUGAUUGUCAAGUUGCCUCUAACAAAUCCAAAAGGAAAGUUAGGACUGCUAGGAAAAAGGCAACACUAAAGAAGUGUGUUAAGAAAGAUGCAGAGCAAAAUUUUGAGGUUCCCUCUAAUUCAGAGAUGAAAUCUAGAAAAAUUAUGCAGAAGGAAGCAUGUGACAAGGGAAACUCUUUAGAGUGUAAGAAAACUAGGAGGAGAGAGAAGGCUGUUUUUGGUACCUCUGCAGCUGAAUCAAAACCUGAAAAUGCUCUCCCUGUUUCUCUCAGAGCAGAAGCACAAAAUCAAAGUGACAAAAAGAUGGCUGCUGAGUUGUCUACUUCACUAUGUAAGAAACAAUGUCAUAAUGAAAAUCUUAGAAAAAAUAUCGGAAAAAUGUGUGGGAAUGCCAGCACCUCUCAUGCAUAUUGUUCUUUGAGGUUGAAGAAACAAAAAUUGGAUUCCACUGAUAUGAACGUGAUUGAAGAAACUUAUAAAGUUCAAAACCCAUUGGAAGAAGGCAAAAGCCCUCCUGAAGUUGAUGGUAAGUGCAUCUCAUAUAUCAAGCAGAAACAGCAGAAACAUGGAAUUGAAGUUAACUCUGUAUUGAAUUCAGAAAGCAAUAAAAAGUUAAGAAGUACAAAAAAGAUGAAAGUUUCCUUUUAUGGCAUCUCAACAGAUGGGUUACUAAAUGACCAUCAAGAGGGUCAUAUUAGUAUCUCUGCAAAGGAAACUCAAUGCAUUGAAAAGGCAGCUGCUGUCUCUGUAAAAGAAACUCAGUACAAAAGGAAGGUUCGAGGUAGUCUUGGUUCGAAAAUUCCUGAUAAUUCAGAAAUAUUGGGGACGCUUGGUCAAGCAAAUGUAGUGGCUUUGCAUACUUGCCAAACCCUUGCUCUUAAUAUUCAUUGUGCUUUCUGUCUUUCUUCAGAAGACUCGGAGGCCUCAGGAGAGAUGGUCCACUACUGCAAUGGCAGGCCUGUAGCUGCAAAUUAUAACAGUGGAUCCAAGGUUAUACACUCUCAUAGAAAUUGUGCUGAGUGGGCGCCUAAUGUUUAUUUUGAGGAUGAUACUGCAAUUAAUCUUGAAGCUGAAUUAACUAGAAGUAGGAGGAUAACGUGCUGCUGCUGUGGACUUAAAGGUGCUGCUCUUGGAUGUUAUGAGAAGAGUUGUCGCAAAAGUUUCCAUGUCACAUGUGCAAAGAUGAUCCCUCAAUGUCGAUGGGAUACUAAUAACUUUGUCAUGCUGUGCCCUCUUCAUGCUUCUUCGAAGUUGCCUGAUGAAGACUCAGGAUCUGAAGAGAGAAUAAGAAAGAAAUGCAUUCCAAAAAGAAAAAGGCCCAAUCAGUGCAGCAAAGUUGUUUUAAAACAUGAUGUCAGUUCAUGUCCAAAUUGGAAUUCAAGUGUAACAGCAGACAAGCUGGUUCUUUGUUGUUCUGCUCUCACAGUUGAGGAAAAGGAAAUUGUUUCUGAAUUUGAGAGAUUAUCAGGAGUUAUAGUGUUGAAAAAUUGGGAUUUGAGCGUCACCCAUGUCAUUGCAUCUACAAAUGAAAAUGGAGCAUGCAGAAGAACCCUCAAGAUCUUGAUGGGCAUCUUGGAGGGGAAAUGGAUACUGAAUAUUGAGUGGGUUAAGGCUUGCAUGAAGGCAAUGGAACUUGUUCAAGAGGAGAAAUAUGAAAUUUUAGUGGAUAUUCAUGGAAUCAGGGAUGGCCCGCGACUUGGAAGACUGAGAAUCCUGAACAAGCAACCAAAAAUUUUUGAGGGGUUUAGGUUCUAUAUGCUGGGAGAUUUUGUAGCUUCUUACAAGGGAUAUAUUCAAGAUCUUCUAAUUGCUGGUGGAGGAACUGUUCUGCAUAGGAAACCCAUUUCUGGAGCCCAGGGUGUCUUGUCAUUGGGUUCCUCUACACUUGCGACAUUCAUAAUUUACAGCAUCGAGCUUCCUGAUAAGUGUGAUCUCAGCAAGAAGGAAAUUAUUUUAAAUCGAAGAAGGGGAGACGCCGAAACUCUGGCGAGUGCAACUGGAGCUAGGGCAGUAAGCAAUUCUUGGGUUUUGAACUCCAUUGCAGCUUGCAAACUGCAAAAUUUUGCUGAAUAAUGGUGAUUUAUGCUUCAAUUGAAAGACAAGUGUACAUGUGCAUGUUUAAUCAAGUAUUUACUAAGAGGGUUGUUACUUAUUUGUUUUUAAUGAUGUAAACAUGUAAAAACAUAUCUGCAAUAUACACAUUAAUGUUUUAUAUGAA